ACAUUUGGCGCAGUUUGGCUGGGUUUGGCGGGUACUCGAGGUCCCAGUGCUACUGUGACCAUGACCGACUCAAGAGGAAUCAUGGCUAAACUGAGAAGCCAUUUAGCUUGUCUCGUCGACCCAGCAACAUCUGAUGAUACUAAGCUCAAGGGUGCUCAAGACGUCAGUGAAAAUCUAGAGAAUUUUGUAAAUUCACCACAUUACAGCAGUUUCCUUGAGACUGCCAUACCGAUAUUCCUCCAAUUACUCAAAGAUGGCGAGCCACAGUUCUUGACUGAUAGUUCAGCACAGCAAUUAAGGAAGUUGGUUUUGGAGCUGAUACACAGACUACCAGCCAACGACAAUUUAAAAGGACACGUCAAGGCUUUGCUUUCUACAAUGUUUUCACUGCUAGAGGUAGAGAAUGAAGAGAACGUCCUCAUUUGUCUUAAAGUUAUAAUAGAAUUACAUAAACAAUUCCGUCCGUCAUACUCACCAGAAAUCACUAAAUUCUUACAAUUUGUAAAACUUAUUUAUACAGACCUUCCUAAAACAAUGAGUUCAGCAUUAGAGACACAGGAGCCAGAGGGUAUGGAGGUCUCCAGUACUAGUAGUACUGUCACUCCAGCAGCUGCAGCUCCUGGAGGAGGAGCAAGUGAAGCUAGUAAGAAUCCCUCCGUGUUGCCUAAAGCGUCAUCUUCCUUGAAAGUCCUUGCUGAGUUACCAAUUAUUGUUGUACUUAUGUAUCAGUUAUACAAGCAGUCAGUCCAUCAGUGGGUUGCUGACCUAAUUCCACUCACUAUUAAAACAAUUACGCUACAGCCUUCUGAUAAAGCCAGGUUGUCAGCUGGUUUUAAUAAGGAGGUUUAUGUCGAUUUUGUAGCCGUUCAAAUUAAAUUUUUAUCCUUUCUUGCGUACAUAAUCAGAAUUUACCAGGAUGUUGUGAAUCAGUUUGCUCCCAAUAUGGUACAGGGGAUGUUAGCUCUCUUGAAAAAUUGUCCUCAAGAAGUUGCUCAUUUGCGUAGAGAACUACUCAUAGCAGCUCGUCACGUCUUGGCAACUGACUUACGAACUAAGUUUGUUCCUUGCAUUGAUCAGUUAUUUGAUGAGAGUCUUCUUGUUGGUACUGGUUGGACUACAAGAGAUACUGUCAGGUCCCUGGCCUAUAGUAUACUGGCUGAUUUGGUUCAUCACAUUCGGUCCAAUUUGUCUCUACCUCAGCUUUCCUCUGCCGUUCACUUGUUCUCUAAAAAUGUUCAUGAUGACACUUUUCCUGUUAGCAUUCAGACCAUGUCUUGCAAGUUGUUGUUGAAUCUUGUCGAGUGUAUACGUCAGAUCAGUGAUCAGGACUUGAGUGGGCGUGACGUCCUUAUGAGAAUGAUGGAAGUGUUUGUACUAAAGUUUCAAUCAAUAGCUCAGUAUCAGAUCCCUGAUGUACUGGAGAAAUGUCAUCCACAGAGCGAAAUGGCUGCUCUAGCUCAAGAAAUGGCUACCAACGGAUCCCAUUUGAAUGGACCUGAACAAGCAAGACGAUCCUCUAACACACUCUCAGUUGGAUCUUCCCUACCAUUUGCAACCCCAUCCAAUGGCAGUUCUCAUUUGAUGGGAUUCUCCCUACCCGACUGCAGGGCUAUUGUAAAGACCUUGGUCUGUGGUAUGAAGACCAUCACUUGGGGAGCAGGCUCGUGUAGACUCCCUGGAUCUGCUGUUGAUUACGCUUCUCAGCCACAGAAGACGUUCCAGUCACACGAGACUGAGGUAUUCCUUAGGUUGCUCAAGUACGGAUUGAUGGCCUUGGAUAUCUAUCGUGUGACAAUGCUACCCAACGGAGUGUUGGUCCUUAGGAACUCAAAUUGUCAAACUGUAAAGACGAAAGAGGAGAAAGAAGUCUUGGAACAUUUCGCUGGAAUCUACACCAUGCUUGCCACUCCUAUAUUUAAAGAAAUAUUCAGUGAGGUGAUAGAGUAUUUGGUUGAGAGAGUACAAAACAAUUACGCACUCCAGAUUAUUCCUAAUUCCUUCCUUGCUAAUGCAACCACAUCAGCUACGUUUGCUGGCAUAUUAUUAGAUUUCUUAUUAAAAAGGAUGGAAGACCUUGGAGCUAAUAAUGACAAAUCAAAUUUGUAUCUGAAGAUGUUUAAGCUUGUAUUUGGUUCUGUUACUCUCUUUGCCCAAGAGAAUGAACUGAUGCUAAAACCUCAUCUUCAUGAAAUAGUCAAUCGGUCGAUGAGUUUGGCCAAUACUUGCAAGGAACCUUGUAACUAUUUCCUUCUCCUCAGAGCUUUAUUCCGCUCUAUCGGAGGCGGCAGCCACGAACUCUUGUAUCAAGAAUUCCUACCUUUACUAUCAAAUCUAUUGCAAGGUCUCAAUCGAUUGCAGAGUGCUCAGCAUCGUCAGUAUAUGAAAGACUUGUUUGUUGAGCUGUGUUUGACAGUUCCAGUGAGGCUCAGUUCUCUCUUGCCUUACCUCCACCUGCUAAUGGAUCCGCUGGUAUCAGCACUCAAUGGAUCGCAGACCCUCAUCAGUCAAGGACUCCGUACACUUGAGCUCUGCGUUGAUAACCUCCAACCUGAUUUCUUAUACGAGCACAUACAACCUGUUAGGGCACAACUAAUGCAAGCUUUGUGGCAGACACUCCAUAAUCCUGACGAGAAUAUUGCUCAAGUUGCAUUCAGAGUUUUGGGAAAAUUUGGCGGCAGCAACAGGAAAAUGCUCACAUCACCACAACAGUUGGAGUAUAAUGAGAACCUUAUUGAUGGUCCGGCUAUAUUGAUAUCAUUCCCUGAUGCUGAGACUCCUGUUGAAAUACCUGUAGCUAAAGCAGUGGAAGUGGCAGUUAAACUAUUGAAGCCUCACAGCACUGACCCGUUCUAUAGACAGCAAGCAUGGAUCCUAUUACAAAGUUAUCUGAUCAGUGUUCUCAAUCUCUCUGAUGCUGACAAGGAUCUGUAUCAGUUAUUGAAUCAGGUCCAUUAUCAGCCGAUGGAGUUUAAUGCUAACAGACUCAAGCAUAUUUCUCUCCCUCAGUGUACCAACAAGAUAGCAAGGAAUGCUUUUGAGACGGCUCUUAAAGGAGUGUUCAUUGCGUCUUGUCUACGUGAUUUGAGGAACGAAGCUGUUGUCUUUCUUGCUGGUAUUGUUAGGCAGAUAAUAUCAGUAGCAGUCGUCCAGCAAUGCUCAUCAUCAAGUUUUCUCAAGUCCCUGACUCCAGAUACGAUGGAUGUGUAUGUUUUACUGGAAGCAAUUGCUAAAUGUGUUGCCAGUGAAGAGAAGGAGCUCUAUCGUAUAGCUGAGCUGGCACUCACCUUUGUUGUAGACACAGCUGCAACUAUUAUAGGCGAUAGAGAGAAGGCAACUGAGCUCCCUUUGUUUGAGGUGGCUGUGGAGAAGUUGUGUGGUUGCUGCUAUGAGAGAGCUUGGUAUGCGAAAAGCGGAGGCUGCUGGGCAAUUGGUUUCUUUUUGGAUAAGAUGCCACUGAAAUGGGUCAUCAACCAUCAGUUGACUUUCUUAAUGGCUUUACUCUUUGUACUUCAUGACCUUAGCAAUGAAGUUUCUUCUGGUACUGUUAUUCAAGCACAAGAGCUGAUUGAUAAGAUGUUAAAGCUCUGCAAUUCUACACUAUCAGAAGAGAACAAGGCAAACCUUGAGCCAGCUCAGUCAAAGUCAUUCUCAGCAGUGACCAGGCACAUUGUGAAAGAAAUAAUCACACCAAAUGAAGCUGUUAGGAAACAAGCUCAUUCCAGUUUACUGUUACUAAAGGAAGUGACUGGGAGGACAGUAGCAUCAAUCAUUGAACCUCAUAAAGAGCUACUCAUUGAUAUGAUACCGCCUAAGAAGCACCUACUGAAGCAUCAACCAAUCAAUACUCAGAUAGCACUAAUGGAUGGAUACACAUUUUGUUGCAACUUAAGUCCACGUUUAUUUUCAAUCAACUUAUCAGUUCCAGAGCACAAGGUUUUUUUUCAAGAAUUGAUUACAUUGUGUGGUGAAGGUGAUGAUGCAGCAUUAGCUAAGUCUCCUUGUUAUAAAGGAGUUCAGAGUCUAGUCCCUCUAAAGAUCAGUGGCCUGGCUGCUCUUGCUGCUUGUACUUAUCUUACCGAAAUGAGAGAGAGGAUCUUUGGUGCUCUCUAUAAAGCCAUCAAUUCUAAUUCUGUUGAGCUUCAGAAUGCCGGAAAGGAAGCAAUGAGAAAGUUUAUGUCAGACACAUCACAGAGUGAUAUAGAGCUGGUCCACAGUGCACUUAGGCCGUUGUUAAUGAUGCUAGGAGACUUUAGGAACCUUAACCCAACCUUGCUUCAGAGGUUGACUCAUAUGGUUGAACUGUUUCCUACGUCUUUCAAUGAGAAGAUGUGUGAAUCACUACUGGCUCAUCUCAAGAGAUGGGUUGAAGUAAUUGUUAAUAAUUCACAAUCCAAGCCAGUCAGAAGAGGAGAAGAGGUCCAAGUUUGUAUAUUGAUAUUGGAUAUGUUUCACAUGCUUCCUGCUUCAUCAUUCAAACUGUUUGAUCCACUCAUCAGCCUUUGCAUCAAAGCUGAGAAGGCACUAGGGACUGAGUUGAGUAGUCCGUUUCGUGAACCAUUGUUGAAGUUUACCUUACGAUUCACUUCUCUUUCGAUGGAAUUUUUUCUCAGUCAUUUGUCCGAUAUCACGAUCAGUAGGAUACUGCAGUAUUUUUUGAAGCAUAAAGAUGGGAAGCCACUGAAGGAACAUUUGUACUCUAAUCCACAGAAACUCAUAGAUGCCACUUUUAGACAACCGGCUGCUGGCACUGAUGAUGCAUCAAUUCAAAAGAAAGCAGAACUGCAGUAUCAAGGAAUUUCAUUAUUCCACUUCCUAUUGGAAGAGAGAGAAGAGUGGAUAAAAGAUAAAGGAGAGGUCAUAAAGCAUUUGAAGGCAAUAUGGUUAUCAGAUUCAUACCACUCAUUAAUCACCAAGGAUGCUGUUCCACUCAGUCAUUGGCAGGAGUGCUCAAUGCUUGUCAAUUGCUUACUUCUUUAUUGCAAGUAUCAUAAGGAUGACAUUGAAACUCUUUUCUAUCUGCUAAAGGUGUUCAUGUUUAGACAUGUUACCUCUUUCCCAUUCCUCAAGUCUUACCUUGAGAAUGAAGUGGCUAAGCAGUACACUAUUGAGCAAAAGAGAGCCGUCUUUUUCAAAUUUGUCGAAAUAUUCUCUUUGUCUGAUUAUUUGCAAGAAUUAAAGGCAAAGAUAUUGCAGUAUAUACUCAUUCCAGUUUUCACUUUUUCAUUUGAAGAAGGAGAGAGAGAUGAAUUGUUAGGUGGUCCACCUGAUCCAGAGAGGGACAGUGACACUAACAUUAUCAGUGUGUUCAUCAGUAAAGUCAUCAAUCCUGACAAACCCUUUGGAAGCUCUGACUCUGUGUGUAUUUUACUGCUCCAGUUCUCAUCAUUGCUGGUAGAACAUGCUGCCCCUCAUAUACACGACUCUAAUAACAAGAAGCAAGGUGCUAAGCUAAGGAGAUUGAUGACAUUUGCUUGGCCUUGCCUUCUACCCAAGCAAUGUGUGGAUCCUGCUACCAAGUAUCAUGGUCAUCUUUUACUGGCUCAUAUCAUUUCAAAGUUUGCCAUUCACAAGAGGAUUGUAUUACAAGUGUUUCAUAGUUUAUUGAAAGCACAUGCAAUUGAGGCGAGAGCUAUAGUUAGGCAAGCACUGGACAUACUGACCCCUGUAGUCCCAGUUAGGAUGGAAGAUGCCAAUGCAACUCUUGUUCACUGGACAAAGAAGAUCAUUGUUGAAGAAGGACAGACAAUGGCACAACUAAUACACAUACUUCAGUUGUUAUGUAGACAUUAUAAAGUAUAUUAUCCAGUGAGACAGCAUCUAGUGCAGCACAUGGUCUCUUCAAUGCAAAGGCUUGGUCUGACCAGCAAUGCUACACUAGAGCAGAGGAGACUGGCUGUGGAUUUGACUGAAGUUAUCAUAAAGUGGGAAUUCCAGAGAGCCAAAGAAGCACAGGAAAUGGACGGUGAACCAAUGGAAAUUAUGAAAGAUACAGCUUCUACUGCUGUAACAAGUGGUUUGGGAUUAAAGAGGUCAGGUAGUGAUGGUACUGCUGGAUCAGGUAAUGGAGGAGGAGGUGGAGCUGAGCUAAAGAGACAGAGGAGUCAGGCUCAAGUGGCUGAUCCAACAUGGCCACUUGACAAGCAACAUGCUGACUCCAUCAUUAACUUCUUAAUAAGACUAGCAUGUCAGGUUAAUGAUACACAGGUUCCUGGUAAUGCUACUUCACCUAAUCCUGCUGAACAGCUCUCAAAGAGAUGUGUCUCGCUGAUACGGACUGCCCUGAAGCCAGACCUAUGGCCUAGCAUUGAUGUGAAGCUUUCAUGGUUCGGCAAGCUACUAGAAACAAUAUCUCAAGUUGAUCCGUCAAAUGCUGCUGCCAGUAAUUCUACAUAUGUCAAUGUCUGUACUGCACUUGAAAUCCUGUUAUUCCUUAUUAACGUUUUGCCUCCUAAUGUGUUGCUGUCUGGUUUCAAGAGCCUCAAUAGAGGUCUUCAUUUCUGCAUGACAUCAAACAAUACUAAGGUUGUAAGGUAUUUGCACUCAUUCCUCUCACGACUCAUUAAGAUGUUCACCAGUGAAUUAGUGUCUGGACCAGGUCAUGAUGAAUUGGAUCAACUUUAUUCGAAUUUGCAGAGAACAGUCUUCGAAGGAUUGACAACUUAUGAGAAGGCCAGUACUUCAGCUAGUACCAAUCUUAACUGUACACUGAUGAUACUCAAAGCUUGCUGUGUUAAUGAUCCUACUUAUAUAGACAAGUUUUUGGUCCCUUUUGUUAAAGUAAUGCAGAAACUUCACAAAGAGCACCUGCUGUCCUCAAACUCAACUGCAGAGAUUCAAACUGUUUCAGAGCUCCUUCAGUUAAGUAUUGAUAUGUGCAAGUUAAGAGUCACUGCAAUGCCACAGGACUGCCGCAAGGCGUUCUUUAAUAUUCUAACGUCUCUCAUUGAGAAAUCAACCGAUAUUAAACUAUUGAAAUCAAUAGCUCGAACGGUUGAUGAUUGGGUCAAGAAUAGAUAUGAUUUACCGUCUCAUUCUGGUCCAAGUAUACGAGAGAAGUCUCUCCUCCUCUCUCGGAUGAUGAGUUUCUUUGAGAAAAGGUUCCCUGAUGACCUUGAGCUAAUGGCCAUGUUCCUUGAUACAGUUCUAUUUGUAUACAAAGAUGAUCAUUUAAGCUCAAAUGAAUUGACUGCUAAGUUAGAGCCGGCUUUCCUUUGCGGCCUCCGAUGUCCUCAAGUCUCCAUUAGAACCAAGUUCUUUGAGGUUUUUGAGAGAAGUGUCCAACAGCGACUCUAUGAUAGGCUGUUGUAUAUAAUGUGCUCACAGAAUUGGGAACAUUGUGGAGGACACUUCUGGAUCAAACAGUGCAUUGAGCUGAUAAUAUCAGUCGGUAAUUUAGAGAUGCCAUUAAAAGUGUCUCCAAUGUCUCCAGUGCUGCCUUGUAUAUCCUCAAUAUGUCCCACUACAACACCAUUGGUUCAUGAUGUAUCUGAACCACCAACCAUCACAUCACAGCUACCAGAGGAGUUAAUGGAAGGUGUGGAGGGAGAGGGAGGAGAAGGAGGAGGAGUUGGAGCCCUAGAGAAACUAACUAACAAACUUGUCUCCUUCUUAAGCGACUGCAAGAAUAUCCAGACUCAGCAGUUUGCAAUGCCUCUGGCUCAACUCUGUCAUGAAAGCACUUCUUUAGCUCAUCACGUGUGGAUUAAUCUGUUUCCUAAGAUUUGGUCUGCUUUACCUGAGCAACACAGACAAGCUCUCUCAGGUGAGGUGAGCCCAUUUCUAUGCAGUGCAGCUCAUCUCAUACAAAUGGACUGUCAUCCCAGUGCUAUUGGGACCUUCCUAGAGGCAGUUCUAUCUUGUAAACCAACCCCUCACAUCAGAUCAUGUCUACUGAAGUAUUUGGGUAAGAUCCACAACUAUUGGAACGGGUCUUUGAUACUGUUAGAGGACAGAGCUAAAGCUGAUGGCGAAUUAUCAAUGACACCUCGUGACCCUCCGCCCUACGAUGGGAACUAUAAUGACGAACUAUUAGACCCUUUCAAAAAUGAAACAAUGAAUGCCCUGUCAGAAUUGUAUGCUCUCCUUAAUGAAGAAGACAUGUGGACUGGACUAUGGACACUAAGAUCAAGAUUCCCAGAGACUAGAGUGGCGAUUGCUUACGAGUGUCAAGGAUUAUACUCGCAGGCCCAGGAGCAUUAUGAAAAGGCAAUGUCGAGAGCAAGAGAGCUACACAAUGUUGGGCCAGCUCCACCAUCAAUGAUACCAGAAUAUAAACUAUGGGAGGAGCACUGGUGCAAGUGCUCAAGGGAGUUGUGUAAAUGGGAUGUAUUGAAUGAUUUUGGUAAAGCACAUGGUGGGACCAAUCCUUUCUUAGUCCUUGAGAAUGCCUGGAGGGUGCAGGAUUGGUCUGCAAUGAGGGAAGCCUCCACUCAAGCUGAGCCUAUCUGCUCUGAGAGCUACAGUGCCAGACUCAACCUCUUGAGAGGGUUCCUUGCACUCUGCUAUCCUGACGAGCAAAGACUCAAUGCUGUUGAGAAGUUGGUAGAAGCUGCUAGUAUUCAGAGUGUGAAGCAGUGGAGGAGACUCCCACACAUUGUCUCCAAUUCCCAUAUACCACUCCUUCAGCUCUCACAGCAGAUCAUUGAGCUGCAGGAAGCUACACAGAUACACAGUGGACUCCAAUCCGGAUCACUUAGUCGACAAUCAUUCCUCAACGAAGUCAAAACAAUAUUCAAAACAUGGAAGAAUCGACUGCCUAAUCAUUUUGAUGACCUCAGCUACUGGAGUGACAUAUUCUUGUGGAGAGAGCAACACUUUAGGAGCAUCAUCAAAGCUUAUGAUGGAACCUCUCACGGAGAACAAAGUAAUCAAGCUAUGCUUGCGGUGCAUCAUUUAGCUGGUGGUAUAACACAGUUUUCUAGCAUUGCUAGGAAACAGAAACUCAUCACUGUUAGUCUGGACUCGCUUAGCAGGAUUCACAACAUACCCAGUGUGCCUGUGGUUGACUUAUUUCAGAAGAUAAGGCAACAAGUUAAAUGUUAUUUAAUGACUGCCAGCACAAUGGAGCCUUCUGAAAUACAAGAGGCAUUUGAUUUUAUUGAGUCAACAAACUUGAAGUAUUUCUCUAAAGAAAUGGUAUCUGAGUUCCUAGCACUUAAGGGAACCUUCUUAAUACAGUAUGGAAAAUCAGAGGAGGCUAAUAAAUGUUUCAGUGCUGCAGUACAGCUUCAUGAUGGCUUGUACAAGGCUUGGGCUCUCUGGGGGGAUUUCCUUGACCAGCUGUUUGCUGUUGAUAAGAACAUUACAUUGGCAGUUUCAGCUCUCACUUGCUUCCUGCAUGCUUGCCGUCAUCAGAGUGAACCUAAGAGCAGGAAGUACCUAGCAAGAACUAUUUGGAUACUCAGCUAUGAUGAUGAGAAGAGGACACUAGCUGAAGCAUUGGACAAGUAUUAUAUGGGCAUACCCCCUAUGCACUGGCUACCAUGGAUACCACAGCUUUUGACGUGUUUAGUUCGUAAUGAAGGCUCUCACAUUCUCAAUCUGCUCUGCUCUGUUGGUAAAGCUUAUCCUCAAGCUAUAUACUUCCCCAUCAGGACACUCUAUCUAACACUGAAGAUAGAACAAAAAGAAAAAUUCAAAGCUGAAGUCCACUCCUCUCACCCUCCUCCUCCUUUCCUUCGCUCUACCUCUCAGCCCGGUACUCCUAAUCCUCCAUCAGCUUCGGACGGGGUAGAGCCCAUGCAAGUUGACUCCGCCCAUUCAUUGGGUAAACCUCCCGACUCUCAAGUUCCUCCUCAGACUCCGACAGAGUCUGAGGCUAAACAACCGAAACCUCCGUCCACUCCAGGAGCAACUGUACCACCUCUUCCUUCCGGAGAUUCUUCGAUGCCGUCAGAAAGUGCUCCUUUCAGAGCUCCUGCUUCUUUGUGGAGAUGCAGUCGUAUCAUGCACUUACUGAGGGAUCUUCAUCCAACCUUGUUAUCAGCACUUGAAGGGAUUGUGGAUCAAUUAAUCUGGUUUAGGGAGAGUUGGUAUGAGGAUUUACUCAGACAGUUGAAUGAAGGAUUGGUUGCUUGCUAUGAAGAAGCAUUUGAGAACAGAGGAGACAUUGCUAGUGUUCGUAUUAAGCCGGAAAUGUUCCAAUACGUUCAAAAGCUAGUCAGCUCAUUUGGGAUAACAGCAGAGCAGAGUAACAUGACGCCAGGAGCUGCUGGCACUGGAAACAACUCAUCACAAGAGGCACUCACUAAGAGAGCUCAGGCAGCUGCACAGGAUCCCGCCUUUCAGAGGCUCAAGAAUCAAUUUGAUACUGAUUUUGAUUUUAGCUCUCCUGGCCCAAAGAGAUUAAGUGUCCUGAUAACAAAGCUUAAGAGAUGGAUUAAAAUACUUGAGCUUAAGACCAAAUCAUUGCAAAAAUCUUUCUUACUUGAAGACAGAUGUCGUUUCUUGAGUAACUUCUCUCUCAACACUGCUGAUGUAGAAAUGCCUGGAGAACACCUUGAGCUACAAACAAUGCCCUAUUAUGUGAAGAUAGCAAGGUUUAUGCCACGAGUUGAGAUAGUACAAAAGCACAAUACCACUGUUAGGAGACUCUAUAUACAAGGAGACAAUGGAAAGAUUUAUCCUUAUCUUGUAUUGAAUGAUGUACAAGCAAGCAAGAACAGAAGAGAGGAGAGAGUACUUCAGCUGUUCAGACUAUUGAAUUAUAGUCUAAAGAAGGAGAAGGAAACUUGCAAAAGACAUUUGCAGUUCAGUGUCCCAAAGGUUGUAGCUCUUUCUCCUCAGAUGAGGCUCCUUGAGGAUGAUGUAUCAAUACUCUCACUCAGUGACAUCUUUAAACAAUAUUGUAAUAGUCAAAAUCAAGACUGGGACAUAUUGAUUACUCUGUACUAUGAGAGGCUGGCUGCACUACAAACUCGUGGGGAAAAGAUAAAUCUCACUACAAUAAAAAACAUGUUCAGUCAGAUACAAAUGGCUCAUGCUCCUACUAGUAUAAUUAGGGACUGGGCAGAGAAGAGUUGUGCAUCACUUACCGACUUCUGGACUCUGAGGAAGCAGAUUACUAGACAGUUGGCUCUUGUUGGUCUGGCAGAGUUUGUGUUUCACUUGUCUCGUCUUGAUCUGGAGAUGUUUCAAAUAUCGCGUAGUUCAGGCUGCCUGACUCAAACAUUUUAUAAAUUUGAGAUCAACAAUGAAGGUGCACUAGAUGCAAAUCGUGCUGUUCCAUUCAGGCUAACACCAAACAUUCAGUCCUUCUUGUCUCCCAUUGGUAUAAGUGGCCCGCUAUACAUGAGCAUGGUGGCAGUGGCAAGGGUACUGGUUCAACCACAGUACAGCAUUGAGAGCAUACUCCUGGCACUAUUCAGAGACGAAUUUAUUGCAUGGAGUAAAAGGAAGCAAGAAGAAGCAGAAGGACAUUUUGUUAGUUUGGCUGAUGUGAGCAGUGAGAUGGUCACUCCGUUUGUCAAUGAUGCUGUUGAUAUUACAUUGACAAGACUAUUUAAUUUGGCUGAUUUUGAAACUGGGAAGUCACAGGUCUCAACUCUCAUCUCUGCAGCUUCUAAUUUAGACAAUAUCUGUCGCAUGGAUCCUGCCUGGAACCCAUGGCUAUAAGAAACAUUACUCAAUUUAAUUCCUACACUGACAUUCAUGCAACCAUCUAUUUUCAUUUGUCCUUAUUACAUUGCCACACACAACAAAAACAGAUAAAAUAAUUUUGAUGCAAAUCUAGAUUUAUGUUCAAUCUUAUUUUUUGAGUGC